AUGUUGUUCUCCUCUCUCCGAACCCUCUCCUUCCGGGGCCCCUCAGUCGCCUCUCGCGCCUUUAGCACUUCUCCUGUGGCCCGCGCUGCCGAGGUUAAGUCGCUGGGUGUGAUCGGAGCUGGUCAGAUGGGUCUGGGUAUUGCGCUCGUUGCAGCUCAGAAGGCCGGGGUUCCUGUCACUCUCGUGGAUACCUCCCAAGGAUCGAUCGACAAGGGUCUGAAGUUUGCCGACAAACUUCUGGAGAAAGAUGUCGCCAAGGAGCGUCUCACCCGCGACGCAGCGGAUAUUGUCCGCUCCCGCAUUACCCCCACCCUGAAGAUGGACGACCUGUCGUCCGUUGACUUCGUGAUCGAGGCCGUUCCCGAGAUCCCCGACCUGAAGACGGGCAUCUUCUCCAAGCUGGCCCAGAUCGCGCCCAAGCACGCGAUCCUCGCGACCAACACCUCGUCCAUCUCCAUCACCAAGAUCGCCGCGGCGACCACCACGGACCCCAAGGAUCUCCAGGCCGCCUCGCGCGUCAUCUCCACGCACUUCAUGAACCCCGUCCCGAUCCAGAAGGGCGUUGAGAUCAUCGCCGGCCUGCAGACCUCUCAGGAGACCAUCGACACCUCUCUUAAGCUCAUGGAGCGCAUGGGCAAGGUCUCCUCCGUCUCCGCCGACUCUCCCGGCUUCCUGGCCAACCGCAUCCUCAUGCCCUACAUCAACGAGGCCGUUAUCUGCCUCGAGACUGGCGUCGGUGGCCGCGAGGACAUCGACAACAUCAUGAAGAACGGCACCAACGUCCCCAUGGGUCCUCUGACGCUGGCCGACUUCAUCGGCCUGGACACCUGUCUGUCCAUCAUGAACGUUCUGCACCAGGAGACUGGCGACAGCAAGUACCGUCCGUCCGGUCUGCUGAAGCGGAUGGUCGACGCUGGCUGGAAGGGCCGGAAGGCCGGAAAGGACAGACGAACCUCCAACCAAACCACCAGGCAGGAUUACAAUUACCUGCGCAGUACCCUGAUCAAACCACCGAACAUGUCAAAACAAUUACAGCUCACGCUCUCAACGAGCCUCGUCCUCGCCGAACAGCUCCAGUCGGCCUUUUCCGCCCCGCCGUCAGACACGUCCUCGCCCACCGGCGACCUCUCAGCAAAAGAUGCCUUGCCCCUCCUAUCCGCAGCAGCCACGGAGCUGAAAUCGCAGGUCACGAAGCUUUCUCUCCUCGCCAUUACCUCGCCGUUUACACACACCGCCGUCACGUCCGUCGUUGCUACGCUGAACGAAUCGAUCCUUCCAUCGCUCGUCACAGCCGCUCUGCUAGUCACCCCGUCGAUGCACACGAAGGCCUUCCGGGCGGAGGUCGAAGUCCAGGUCAAGACCGCACUGCGGGAGGUGCGCGAUCUUCUGAAAGAGGUCCAAACGGUGGCGGGGAAGAAAGACGCAGCGACGAGCCAGAGCGAGCUGUCGCAGGCGGAGAAGGACUCCGUCAUGGUAGCUGCGGGACGCGUCUGGGACGUUUGCGACACAUCGGUUGAUAUUGCCGCGAAGGGCGUCGUGGGGUACGUUGUGCGCCGCGUCGAAGAGUGGAGGGAUCUGGUGCGCGAUGCGGUGGAGGAGAUCGAGGAGUGGGAUCCUGACGAGGAGGGCGAUGAGUUCUUCGAUGAGAUCAUGAGCGAUAAAGGCGAUGACGACGACGACGAUAAUGAUGAUGAUGAUGGCGAGAACGAAAGCAACGCUGCACUGCACGAGCAGAAAAAGACCAGCGUCCGCAUCCUCAAGCCCGUUGCGCAGAUUUACCCCGCUAUUGUCAAACACCGGCUGGGAAGCGUUCCGGAGCUGUCUUCGUCGCUGGCCAGCAAGCUUGAACUCCUGAUGCAGAACCUCCAGCACAUACCGGGGCUGAUCGACGAAGUGGCGGGGGCGCUGUACGAGGAGAACACGGAAAAGUGUGUGCAGUAUCUCGUGCGGGUGAGGAGUUGCGCCAAUAAAGUUAUGCAGUCGGUGGAAUUAUCUUGGACUGCGGACGAAAGUUCGAAGGAGGACAAAUUCACAGCUUGGUCGAGGACGUGGUUAAAGGUGAUGGACGAAGUCAGCAAGCCUGUUCUCGAUUCGGGGAACUCGAAAUAA